AACCAAGGUUGCGCUCUGUCAGACGGCAGUGAAGACUUCUUGGUUUGAAUCCCUAGGAGGACCUUUGAUAAGAGAGGGUGAGGUCAAAGGUCGACCAUGCUCAGUCAUCAGCUGGAGGAGGAGAGAGCGGAGGUGACGUGCCCGAUCUGCCAAGACGUGUACCGCGAACCUCGGACCCUCCCGUGCGGCCACGCCUUCUGUCGCCGCUGUCUGACCGGUCACGUGACGGCCAGAACCCAACGCCGCCCACAGACUCCCACGACGUUCACCUGCCCGCUAUGCGCAAAGGUCGUCACCCCGCCGGACGCGGCUCAAGACCGUUAUUUCUGGGCCCGCCAGUUCCCCCUCCACGACGAGCUCCAAGACAUGGUGGCCCACCUGGCCGCUCGAGAGGGACAACUGGGGGACGGCAGUCAGCCCCAUCGCUGCCCGGUGCAUGCACAGGUGGAGGCGUCGUCGUGGUGCGUGCAGCAUGACGCGGCAGCGUGCGACGUCUGCGUGCAGACCACCCACGCGGCAUGUAACGGAGGUGACGUGCUGCCGCUGACCCAAGCCGUCGCGAGGAGGAAGCAAGAAGCCAGGGAGAUGCGCGCGCAUCUGGAGGGCGUCCUCGCGGAGCUGGACAAGCGGCUGCAGCUGCUGGACGUGGCCGAAGCCCGCAUGUCGGCCAGCCGUCGCGACGUGCUGCAGGACCUGACGGCGCUGCACGACAGGCUGCUGACGUUCCUGGACGCCAGACUGGUUGAGCUUCGCGCACGCGCGGAGGAGGUGCACGAGGUGGAAGUGGAGCAGGUGCGCGGCCGGCGGGGCGCCGUGAGGGCCAUGGUGGCGGACGUGGAGGAGAUGAGGCUGGUGGCGGAGGUGCUGUCCACUCAGAUGAAAGAAGAGGAGGUCCUGGUGCAGUUUGGCGCCUUCAGACAGCAGUACGACAACCUGCUGUACGUCCAGCCUCCUCCCGAGGUCACGCAGACCAGUGGAAUGCAGGUGCGAGGAAGCGAGGCGUGCAUCGCGGCCGUGUCGUCACUCACAAUGGAGAUCGUGAGUCAAGUACCCCGGGUGGGGCUUCACAGCAACGUACGCUCCCCUGACGGCAGGGUGAGCCCCAUUCCAAACAGCAGCAGCAGCAGCAGCACAGCAGCAGCAACAAUGGCCUGCAGCACAGCAGCGACCACGAUAGACGCGACGCGGCGACCGGCGAACACUGCGGAACCGCGACGACACCGCGAGACCGACGCGUGCAGACGAUGCACAAGAUUCGCCAGAGGCGGCAGCGCGUCUUCGGCGUGACCUUUGCCCCCGACGCGGAGGACCUGCAGCAUCAGCAUGGCGAGGUCACGGCCUCCACCCGCAGACGAGUGCGACACCUAUGGGCGGGUCUAGACUCGGACAAGGAGAUGUACGGACUUGGGGACUUGUGUGUGGUCCGGCCGCAUGACGUCAUCGUGGUGUCCUACCUCAACAGCUCGUCCUGCGACUCUUCUUCUCGUCAUCCUCCUCCCGUUCCGCUUCGCCACCCGAUAAGGAAGCCUCACCCCGUCCACCCGGGACAUCCAGAGCUGCGGCCUGCGAGCUCUCGCACGCCCUGUGCUGCCUGGCGCAGCUGGAGGACGAACUCCUGGCCGUGACCUCAUCCUGCUCACCUGUCCUCACUCUGGUGCGGGUGCGAGCCAGGUCAGCUGCCUGCGCGCGCAGCCUGGACAUGCGCAGACACUACCGCGCGCUGGCCUGCGUCGACCGCCGCACGUUGGCGCUGGCCACCUACCACAGCGGCUUGCGGGCGGACGACGUCAUCGACCUCGGUGCACCUGGACGAAGGACUUCGCUCCUUCACUGUGCUGCGCACACUCUCGGCCACAGCGUCCCCCGCGAGCGGCGUGCCCUCUGACCUGUUCCGCGCGCCAUACAGCCUGUGGGUGCAGCCCAACGGCGACAUCGUCCUCUCCGACAGCGACACCCCGGCAGUGGUGGGGGUCAGCCAGGGAGGAACACAAACCUUCCGCUACCGUCCGGAUGACCCUCACCUGCUGGACUCGCCGGCCGGGAUCGUGGGCAUCGACUCAGGUCAGCUGCUAGUGGUGGACGCCUGCACGCACUCGGUGCUCCGCCUGUCCGCCACGGGUCACAACGUCACGCAGGUGUUGUGUCGGCGCGACGGCCUGCAGUGGCCGGUGGCCCUGGCGGUGGACUCCAACGGCCUCAUCUACGUCGGGGACUUCUACGGCGAUGUGGAUGUGUUUUCUCUGGACUGACUGACAGCAGUCACCCUGUCCGCGACCCUUCUUGGGGCUGAGGAGCAGGCAAAGAGCAAGACCAGCUUCCACGAGAUUUUUGUUUACACAGGCCUCCCGCAAAUAUCCUGUUGAUGAAAUGUGUGAACAAUCUGUUUAAAAGUGUUUAUACUAAUUUUUGAAAAGUACUGUUAUCUGUAGCUGAAUUUUAUUUGUGUUUAGUUAACUAUUUGCCAGGCGCAUGAAUAAUAAAUCCUACGCAAUGGUUCAUGUUAUUUAACAUUAGUCUGUAGGUUUUGUGUAGACUUUAGAUGUUGGUAGUCUGUAUCAAAGAGCUUGUGUGUGUGUGUGUGAUUUAGAGGUCUGUGUCACAGCAGAAUUUAGGGUUGACAAAUCUCUUGCUGUCCCCAUCUUGUUGUACGGAUGCGAGACGUGGACGUGCUCACAGAAUCAUAGUUGGAGAUAAAGUGUUUCAGGAGACUUU